AUGGCAGACGAGAUCAAGGUGGAAAAGAGGGACGGCUACAAAGCUAAGGAGGACGAGCUGAUGGAGCACGAAUAUCACUUAGGGUGGGCGGCCCGCACCUCAACUAGCGACGAGACCCCGAGGACAUCACUGCCCAUGCCGGGCACAAUCAUUGACGUAAGGCCCGCGCCAGUUGAGGACAGAAACGGCGUUCAUAGGAACUCGUAUUACAAGGUCAACGCCAAAGCAAUAGCAGACGGUCUAUUGACCUCGGUCUGCCUCGACGCAGGCUGCUCUACAGUCAUGGCUGACCAGCAGUGGAUUACUCGGAACUACCCAGGAGCACCGGUAAUUAACAUAGGAACUCCGCGCGGCAUAGACGUCGCCGGAGGAGGUCAGAUCACGGUCAAUAAGAUGGUCAAGAUCGACUUCUACCUACCAGGCCUAGUCAAAGGAGUCGAAGGUACCGGAAAGUUCCCCGUGGAGGCGUUAUUAACCACAAACCUUAAGCCAAACAUGCUUCUCGGUACUAGCUUCUUAGCUCGAAACGGUGCGAAGCUCGACUACUCGACCAAGACCACGUCAUUCGCAUCGUACCAGGACCUCGUUAUGCCAUUCGAGGCUGUCCGGAAGUCGCCUAAAAUCAACAGACGAAUAAUCUCUACUAAACGUAUAGUGAUCCCGCCCAAGAGCUUUCAAGUAAUUGAGGUCGAUUACAAGCCUCUACCAUGA